AUGCCAGACAGUGCGUCCAUCACCUCAACUCCCACGUCGCGAUCUGUCUUCCCUCAAGGCCCCAGUUUCACUCUUGAGGACUUUUCGAGCCGUGAUUUUAUAGUCAAAGAAUUCAUCGAAGCACUUUCCGACAGUGCCAUUUUAAACCGUCGCUCUACGCUAGGCCCCACCACCGGGAACCAACUGUUCGAUCCCAAACCACUCAUUCGGACCCUUGAACAUGCACAGAGGAGACUUGGUGAACUUUCUGGUGACUUAGAGAUCAAGGAGAACGAGCUUUCAGCUGCUGUCCGCCGAGCUGAGGCCCAGCACUCACAGAAUAUCAGUACACUUGGCAGGAAGCUGAAACAGACCAUUGAAUCUUUCCAACAACUUGAUACGUCGCUCAAUGGGACAGGUGCUGGAGCUGGAGCUGGGCUUUCCGGGAGCGAACUCUCCGGGUCUACUGGUAAUAUGGCUGUUGAAACAGGCCGGAAGCUGGAAGAACUUGACCGACAGAGACGCCGAGCACUUGAUGCCCACUUCCUUCUUGAGUGUUGGGAUAGCGUAAGUAACAGGGGAGAACUUACGCUUUUGGAGAACUUGAGGAGGUCCGGUACUGGUGAAGCUAAAGUACGCUCCGCACAGAUAGCGCGGCAGUUACUGAGGAUUAGCCAAAGGCUUGACCCGAAAAGCUGGAACGACUCGGGAGGAAAGAGCAAUGGCCCGUCUGGGGAUGGGUCUGCAGACGAGGGUAGGGUUGAAGAGACAGUGUUGACCAGGCUGAAUACAAGGGAGAUCAUUGAGAAGUUCUCGGAGACGUUAGAGAAGGAUCUCCUGAAACAGUUCGACGACUUCUAUCGUAAGGCCAACUUUGAAGGUAUGAAAGAUUGUGCAACUGUGCUACAGGAUUUCAAUGGGGGCUCUAGUGUUAUCGCUCUAUUUGUCAACCAGCACCAGUUCUUUAUCGAUCGAAACCCAGAUUCGGAGCCUCUGAAGGUGGAACCUAGUCUUCAGUCACUCAUUGACGAGGUUAAGGUCGUAGUUCAGGAGGAAUCAGCUAUUAUAAAGCGAGCAUUCCCCUACUACGAACAGGUCCUCGGGAAGUUCUUGCAGCGCGUGUUCCAGCAAUCAAUUCAACAGAGACUUGAAAUGGUUCUUGAGAAGGCUAAUAGUAUCUCAUCGCUCGCCUUCUUACGCUCCCUACAGAGCUCUCGCAGUUACAUCAGCGCUCUAGUCGAUGAUUUAAAGGCCCAUGGUUUGACUGAACACCCCGAUACCAUUUCCGCUCAGACGGCAUUGGUUCUCGAUCAACAACUGGAAGAUUUAUUUGUGCCAUACUUUGUUGGUUCCUCUUAUAUCGAGAGGGAGAAGAAAACAUUGGAAGAGCUGUAUACAUCUUUGCUUUUCAAAUUCACCACCUUCCAUGCACGUAGAAAGAAGGCAGCAACCACCUUCAUGGCAUCUCUUUCGAAGUCGGGUACUGAACUUCUAUCCUCUGCACGGGACGCGUACAUCAAUCGCCUUGAGUCCUCAGAUUACUCACCGACACAGCGAAGGAUGUUACUUCAGGUGGCGGGCUUGAGGGAUGCCAAUGACCUCUUAAGACGAACUGAUAUCAAACUCACUGAAGAGGAUGGUAUUCCUAGCAUAUCUCAUGCCAAACGAAUGCUCAAGUGGCUUGCUGAGGGAGUUAGCCGGGGCUUGGAGCUCAGUGUAAGCAGCGAAACCCCCAAGGACAUGUUGGCUCUGUUGGCUCUUCUCCUUUCUAUGAUGGGAGAAGGGUACAUUGAGGUUUGUCUUGAUGCCGCAUUGGAGACGGCGACAUCACAAGAAUCAGGAAAAAUGGAGCCUGAUUUUGCUUACCUCCCGGCGGUCCGGAACGCAAUCGGCAUCGCAAACUUGAUGGUAAUGUGCAUAAACACAUUACUCAUUCCCCUAGCAACCGGGAGCAUCACUGUUCGCCGAGAAAUGGAAAAGAAGACAAACUUGACAACUAUGCGAAUCGAGGAGAAAGUCAAUACAAUUGAGCAGAAAAUCAUUGAUGCUUCUUUGACUUGGGUUAAUAAACUUCUUGCUAGCCAAAGGAAGAAUGACUUUCGGCCCAAGGAAGGAGACAAUGCAGCUUGGUUGGAGAAGCUACAGACACCAACCUGUGCGUCUAUUUGCACUUUUCUCUCUCGUGUGCAUAAUAUGACCACAACAUCGCUGCCGCCUAGUGGCUCGAAUAUCCGACAGUUGCUAACAGAGAUAGCCAUGGGAACCCGCAGUUUACUUUUAGAGCAUUUUAAGCGAUUCGCGGUCAAUGGACCUGGCGGCCUCAUGGUCACUAAGGAUAUGACACAGUACACAGAUCUCCUCAAGUCUUGGGACAUAGAUGAGCAGGUCAAGGGCCCUAGCGGUGCGCUGGACGUCUUGCUGGAGGUUGGUAGCCUUUUUGUUGUAGGAUCUGAAGCUUUACGAGAAAAGGUCUGGAGUGGCGCAGCAAGUAGCAGCAGCAGGCCUGGGAACAAUAGUGGGACAAGUCCUGGGCGAGGCGCCGGGGGAACUGGACAAGUGGAAGCUGGCCUCAGCGUGCAAGAAGUCCGGGCUUAUGUCUCUCGAAGAGAGGAUUCCAACACAGCUGCGAUGCAGAAUGUUCUCAGUGUCCUUUGAGAUUAGCUUGUUUAUGGGGCGCCUCAUUAUUCUCGGGACAUCGUAUGGCAUGUACCUGACAUGACUUCUUGUUUC